CAAGUGGUGAACAUGGCCAUGAUUUGAAAACCCUAGCAACCAAAUCCCAUUUUAAGUACAUACAUACAUACAUAUAUGAUUUGUAAUCAAUACUGUAUCAUAUCUGGCAUCAUCAUAACAUUAUUAUUAAGAAAAAAGUUAUCAUAAUGAGUUCAAUUUACGGAAACUUAUUAUUUUCAACAAUUAAUCUUAAUAAUACAAAAAAUCCCCCCAAAUUUACUACCACUAGUCAUCUAUGUUACUUCCGUAGUAGAAGCAGCAGUAGAUUACAUUCACAACUAAUCGACACCGCCACUAAUGAUAAUAAUCAAAAGGAAUUGGAAUUGGAAAUGGAAAUGGAAAAACAAGUGAUGGAAAGGGAAAAGAGAGUGAUAGUUGGGACUUACGGAAGAGCCCCUGUCGUGUUCACCAGCGGCAUUGGCUGUACCUUGUCCGAUAUCCACGGCCGUCAGUAUCUCGAUAUGACGUCGGGUAUCGCCGUGAAUGCGUUGGGCCACGGGGACCCUGAUUGGGUUCAGGCCAUCACGCUUCAAGCCAACACCUUGACUCAUGUCAGCAAUAUCUUUCACACCCUCCCUCAGGUGAAUCUUGCAGAGCGACUUGUAGCCAAUUCAUUUGCAGAUCGUGUUUUUUUCUCAAACUCUGGAACUGAAGCUAAUGAAGCUGCCAUUAAGUUUGCAAGGAAGUUCCAAAGAUAUUCACAUCCCACGGAUCCCCAUACUACUGAAUUUAUCUCGUUUACUAACAGCUUUCAUGGGAGGACAAUUGGUGCGCUGGCCUUGACCAGCAAAGAGCAUUACAGAACACCUUUUGAGCCCGUGAUGCCUGGCGUUACUUUCUUACCAUAUGGGGAUAUCGAUGCUGCUGAGGAGCUGAUAUCUAGUGGCAAGAUUGCAGCGGUGUUUGUGGAACCUAUUCAAGGGGAAGGUGGAAUUUACAGUGCUACCAAAGAGUUUUUGAAAUCUUUGCGUGCUGCUUGUGAUAAAGCUGGAUCUUUACUGGUUUUUGAUGAGGUUCAGUGUGGGCUGGGUCGAACUGGUUAUUUGUGGGCACACCAAGCUUAUGAUGUAACCCCCGAUAUAAUGACUCUUGCCAAGCCUCUAGCUGGAGGUUUGCCGAUUGGGGCUACACUAGUAACUGAACGAGUAAAUGCUGCCAUCAACUAUGGGGAUCAUGGAAGCACUUUUGCAGGCGGGCCCCUUGUUUGUGCUGCUGCAAUUUCUGUCUUUGAUAAAAUUUCAAACCCGAGCUUCUUGGCCAGUGUCAUCAAGAAAGGCGACUACUUGAAAGAAAUCCUGAAUAAAAAAGUAGGAGAAAACUCGCACGUGAAAGAAAUACGCGGGUUUGGUCUUAUUGUUGGAAUCGAGUUGGAUGUUUCUGCAACACCACUUGUGGAUGCUUGUCGGGAGUCUGGUCUUUUAAUAUUGACUGCAGGAAAGGGCAACGUUGUUAGACUGGUGCCACCAUUGAUAAUAUCCACACAGGAACUGGAUCGUGCGGUUGAGAUCAUAAGUGAAUGUUUACAUGUUCUUGAUGAGAAAGUUCUGAGCUAGAACAUAAUCGGUCAGUUAUUAAUUCUAUUUUAUCUUCCUUGUUUGUAUAUCAUUAAGAUAUGAUGGGGAUAUCUUUGUGUUUUCAAAUGUAAGGUAUGUCAGAGUAUCCCCUCCUCCAGUUGUAAUAUUGUAACUUCAUGCUUAGGAGACCUUUUAUAAGUUGUGUUCUUUUAACUCAGUGGAUCAUAUUUAUAGCA